AGCUGCGGAACUGCGGAACUGCGGAACGGAGAUCGGUGCUGUUUCUCACACGGCUAUUAUACGGACAUACAGAUAUACACACAUACCUUCAUAGGGACGGCCUGGAACGGAGGAGAGUAGAGAGAAUGGGUAGCUUCCACAAGGAGAUGUACAAGGACCUGGAGUGCGGGCUGCUGGGUAUUUCGAGGAUUAUGGAGAGGUACCGAUGCGAGUGGGACAGACGAGUGAAGUUCGCGGAACUGCAAUGGGCCAUCGACGAAGUCCGUCGAUAUGUUGGGCCGGGAUAUGAGGGAAGAGCCAGGGAGAGGAUAGAACGGUUGGAUCUUUUGAGUCGCACGGCCCGGAGCAACUACCAGGAAGGGGUGGGCCUGAUGUUCAAGUGGUGUGUCAGAGCCGGCAGGCAGUUCCAGAUGGCCCUGAAUCUCGCCAGCGAGGAUCCGUCGAAGGCGGACCUGGACAUCAUUAGGGGGGUGAUAGUGAGCGCGGUGGAGGUCGGUCUGGACAGGGCGCUGGCGUCGCUGGAACUGUUGAACGAUUCCCAUUUGGAGGUCUCCCAGGCAAAGGACCUGUUGCAUUCCAUUUUGCACGACGUGGUCGAUGACUUUGGUCCCAGCGGGCUCUACGGAAGAAGGAGGGGAAGCCUGCAGGCGUUGAUGGAAGAAGAACAGUCGGAAAAAAAUAGGAUCGGAAUAUCAUCACUUGUAGUAGCCUUCGUACCCUUUGGAGCAGCGAUCUCUCUUCUGGGAAUCCUUGCUAUUAAGGCGUGCGAGGAGCGGAUACAAUCGUACAAAAACCGGAUAGAUAACAUGGAGUCGCUCUACUGGAGCUCGAAGAGGGCACUGGAAGAGGCCAGGCAAGUAGUCAAGGACGGGAUCGAGCUGCAGCUGGACGAGGACAUAAGACACCUAACAGUUCUCAAAGCAAAAAUCGAUGAGGCCCACCUUGCAAGGACCUUUCUGAAGUCCAAGAACCCCGACAUCCGAGCUCUAUUCGUUCCGGUUCUAGGGAAACUGAGGGAGCAGUGCCAGAGCUUCGUCGAGUGGCAUGGCUCGAUGGAAUGAUGGAAUUCUUAUAUUUGUUAUAUUGUUCCCAAAUAAAGGAGACUGCAGCU